CUGUUCAUGGCGGUUCCGGGAUCUCCAACAUGUUUCCCGGUUGUGGUCCAAAUCUGUCCAAAGCGGAGGCAGUGGAGCUUGAGGUUCUUGCUGGUGUGAAAUGACUGAGUACAAACUGGUGGUGGUUGGAGCAGGUGGUGUUGGGAAAAGCGCACUGACAAUCCAGCUGAUCCAGAACCACUUUGUAGAUGAAUAUGAUCCCACCAUAGAGGAUUCUUACCGAAAACAGGUGGUUAUAGAUGGUGAAACCUCUCUGUUGGACAUACUGGAUACAGCUGGACAAGAGGAGUACAGUGCCAUGAGAGACCAAUACAUGAGGACAGGCGAAGGCUUCCUUUGUGUAUUUGCCAUCAAUAAUAGCAAAUCAUUUGCAGAUAUUAGCCUCUACAGGGAACAAAUUAAGUGUGUAAAAGACUCAGAUGAUGUACCUAUGGUGCUAGUAGGAAACAAGUGUGAUUUGCCAACAAGGACAGUUGACACAAAACAAGCCCAUGAACUGGCCAAGAGUUAUAGAAUUCCAUUCAUUGAAACCUCAGCCAAGACCAGACAGGGUGUUGAAGAUGCCUCUUACACACUGGUAAGAGGAAUAUGUCAGUACCGAAUGAAAAAACUCAACAGCAGUUAUGAUGGGACUCAAGGUUGUAUGGGAUUGCCAUGUGUGGUGAUGUAACAAGAUACUUUUAAAGUUCUACCAUCAGAAAAGAGCCACCAUCAAGCUGUACUGACACCUUGGUCCUGACUU